AUGGCGACAAGAAACGAGCCUAUUGCCAUUGUCGGCAGCGCCUGUCGUUUCGCUGGCGACGCAACCUCCCCAUCCAAGCUCUGGCAACUCAUACGCGAGCCACGCGAUGUUCGACGCAGAAUCCCGGCCUCACGCUUCAGUGCCGAUGGCUUCUACCAUCAAAACCACGCCCAUCAUGGCCACAGUAACGUUGCGCACUCGUAUCUACUGGACCAAGAUGUUAGCGCCUUCGACGCAGAGUUUUUCAGCAUCAACGCAAUGGAAAGUCAAGCCAUGGAUCCACAACAGCGCCUUCUGCUCGAGACGGUCUACGAGUCUCUGGAAAAUGGGGGAAUCAGCAUUGAUGCCUUGCGUGACAGUGACACUGCCGUCUAUGCCGGUGUAAUGGGCGGCGACUACGAAGCAAUGCUCCUCCGCGAUUUGGACCUGGCCCCAACGUAUUUCGCAGUUGGAACGUCGCGGGCUAUCCUGUCGAAUCGUAUUUCGUACUUCUUCAACUGGCAUGGGGCUUCCAUGACGAUUGACACCGCCUGUUCGUCCAGUCUCGUUGCUGUGCAUCAAGCAGUGCAGACGCUGCGUGCAGGAGACUCGAGGGUGGCGAUCGCCUGCGGAGCGAAUCUCAUCCUAGGACCAGAGAGCUACAUCAUCGAGAGCAAGGUGCGAAUGCUGUCUCCGGAUGGCUUGAGUAGGAUGUGGGAUCAGGAUGCAAAUGGAUAUGCCAGAGGAGACGGCGUCGGGGCAUUGGUGCUCAAAACGCUGAGUAGCGCCGUAGAGGACGGAGACAACAUCUUAUGUGUCAUCCGCGAAACGGCCGUGAACCAAGAUGGUGCUACUGGUGGCAUCACUAUGCCCAGUGCCACAGCCCAGCGCUCGCUGAUGCAAAAGACCUACGCCAAGGCAGGCCUCGAUUUGGAAAAUGCAGCAGACCGCCCGCAGUAUUUCGAGGCGCACGGCACUGGCACCCCGGCUGGUGAUCCCAUAGAGGCAGAGGCCAUUAGCAGCACCUUCGGCAACGGCCAGACCAGCUACGACGGCAAGCCACUAUAUGUGGGCUCUCUCAAGACCGUACUGGGCCAUACCGAGGGCACUGCUGGGAUUGCUGCUGUUAUGAAAGCAGCAUUGGCUAUUCAGCACUCGAUCGUUCCUCCCAACUUGCUGUUCGAGAAGCUGAAUCCUAAAAUCGCCCCCUUUUACGAUUCGCUGCAGAUCCCCACUACUGCCUCUGCAUGGCCCACGCUGCCUGCGCACGAACCCCGACGGGCCUCAGUGAACAGCUUCGGCUUCGGCGGCACCAAUGCCCACGCCAUCCUAGAGAGCUACCAAACUGAUACUGUUACAGGAGGGAAACAGUCAGGCGGGCCUCUGACACCCUUCGUCUUCUCAGCUGGCUCGGGGAAAAGCCUAGUGGCCAACCUGAACGCCUUUGCUGAGUACCUGGCUCUUCAUCCCGAUUUGAGCAUGAGUGACCUUGCAUACACCCUUCGCCAACGCAGAUCGAUAUUCAGUCACCGCAUCAGCUUUCCCGCAACCUCGUCACCGGAAAUAUUGCGUGAGCGGAUACUAGGACGAUUGGAAGCUUCCGAAUCUGGUGUCGGCCACCGCAAUCUAUUACGAGCUGGACACACGUCCCGCAUCCUGGGCAUUUUCACUGGUCAGGGUGCCCAAUACGCGGCGAUGGGGUCGGAGCUUCUGCAUGCGUCUCCCCGCGCUCGAGCGAUUAUCGACGAGAUCGAGGCGUACUUGAAGCUGCUCCCGUCAUCAGAUCGGCCAAGUUGGUCGUUGGUGAGCGAGUUGCUCGCACCUGCGUCGCAGUCUCGGAUUGGCGAGGCAGCCAUUUCUCAACCGCUGUGCACGGCGGUGCAGAUCAUGUUGGUCGACCUUCUCCAAGAAGCGAAUGUACGCUUCCACGCCGUGGUCGGCCAUUCAUCUGGAGAAAUUGCUGCUGCAUAUGCUGCAGGCUUCUUGACAGCCAAGGAUGCUAUGUACAUCGCUUACUACCGCGGUCUACACUGUGCCCGCGCUCGCUCCCCAAACGGGGAUAUCGCCGGGGCCAUGUUCGCCGUGGGAACGUCGUGGGAAGAUGCACUGGAGCUCUGCCGUUCGGAGGAUUUUGCCGGUCGCGUGGACAUCGCCGCGGUCAAUUCCUCCUCCAGCCUCACUCUGUCCGGCGACGUGGACGCUAUUGAGGAGAUGCAGCUGAUCUUGGAAGACGAGGGCAAGUUCCACCGUCGCCUCCGAGUAGACCAAGCCUACCAUUCGACGCAUAUGCAGCCGUGCUUGGAGGAGUACGUGGCUUCGCUCAAGGCCGUUCGCGUCACAGGGCAGACCCCCCCUAAGCAGCAGUGUGCUUGGUUUUCUUCGGUACGUAGCGGGGAACGUGUCGAUCAAACCUUUCAACUCGGUGGACAGUACUGGGCGGAGAACAUGGGACGUCCUGUACUUUUCUCCCAGGCGCUCACCGCCGCCCUGUCGAGCGACAUCACAUUUGACGUGGCGUUAGAGGUAGGGAGCCACGCAGCUCUGCAAGCGCCUGCGAUGCAAGUCAUGGAGGAAGUGCUACAGAAGUCAUUGCAGUAUCAAGGGACGUUGGUGCGUGGCAACAACGCCGUUGAAGCCUUCUCUGCUUCUUUGGGAUUUUUGUGGACGCAUCUGGACAAGGCUUCCAUCCAUCUAGCCGCCUGCGAAACAGCCAUGUUGGCAUCUCAGCAGCCGCAGCGGUAUACCGUCCUCCAGGAUCUACCCUCGUAUCGCUGGAACCACGAGGGCUCGUACUGGCAUGAAUCGCGCCGCUCUCGCAAGAUGCGCUUGCGCCAGGCGCCUUUCCAUCCCUUGCUAGGCCAUACCAGUCCAGACAGUGCGCCCCAUCAUCUUCGCUGGAAGAACAUCCUGAAGCCAAGCGAGAUCUCAUGGCUGCCCGGACACCAAGUUCAGACACAAACGGUUUUCCCUGCGGCCGGAUAUGCAUGCACGGCCAUUGAAGCGGCCAGACGGCUUGUCGACGACACCAGCAGCCUUCGACUGAUCGAGCUUGCCGACUUUCAAAUACACCAGGCCGUCGUAUUUGAAAGUGAGGAUGCCCCUGUUGAAGUUUUGAUUGAGCUUUCUCACGUCCAUCGACCGCAAAAAGACGAGAUCGUGGCCAAUUUUCUGUAUUCCGCUGCAAGUGGAGGUCAGAACGCCGACUUUGUGCUGGCUGCCCAGGCGGAGGUAAAGGUAUUUUUAGGUGAUGCCUCGUCCUCUGCGCUCCCCGAGCGCGAACCGACGCCUCCCCACUUGAUCCCCGUAGAGCAGAGUCGCUUGUACGGCUUCAUGGAGUCCAUGGGGUACAACUUUACUGGUCCAUUCCGCUCCCUAGACGGCUUGAGCAGGAAGUUGGGGAAGGCGCAGUGUAUGGCUGUCAGACCGGAUGUGGAUGAUGUCGACUCCUUUUUGAUUCAUCCCGUCACCCUCGACGCAGCUUUCCAAUCUGUCCUGCUCGCGUACAGUUAUCCAGGCGACGACCAACUUCGGAAUUUGCACCUCCCCACCGGCGUCGCCAAGAUCCGAGUCAACCCAUCCAUUUUCGCCCAAUCCUGUCCCUCUGUUCAGACUCACGAUGCGGUCGAUUCGACAUGUGGGCGGCUAGAUCGUGCUACGCCUGGCAAUGGCUUCUCUGGAUCAGUGAACAUAUACACCAACGAGUGUACGAAUGCUGCCGUUCAAGCCGAUCGCGUGCAUUUCAAGCCCCUGGGCGCCUCGGCUGCUCAUGAUCGCAAUGUCUUUUACAAGAUGGACUGGACGCUCGCUGCCCCUGAUGGACAUCAAGCGGCCGAGGGCAUCCCUGUGACUGACCGCGACGUCAAGUUGCUGUGGACUCUCAGCCGCAUUGCUUCCUACUUCCUGCGACAGUUCGACUCAGAUGUACCCGAGGACUCGCCAGCAAGGUCAGAGGCGCCGCUUUGCCACUACUUGCGUUACGCCAGACACAUGACCCAGCUUUUGGGCACUGGCAAGCAUCAGUACGGAAAACAGGAGUGGAUGCAGGACACGAUCGAGGACGUGCUGCGAGACGUCACAUCAAAUGGGUUCGAGGACAAUUCCGAUGUUCAAAUUAUGCUGCUGGUCGGCAACACCAUGCCACGCGUCUUCACGGGCGAGACGACCAUGCUUGAGCACUUCCGCUCAUCGGGUCUGCUAGACCAGUACUACGCUCACGGCUUUGGAACGAUGCAGUCGUCGCGCUGGUUGGCACAAACCGUGAAGCAGAUUACCGAUCGACACCCACACUUAAGCAUCCUCGAGGUGGGUGCAGGCACUGGUGGCGCUACCAAGAAUAUUUUGAAAGCCAUCGACCAGUCGUUCGACCGACUUACCUUUACCGAUGUAUCAUCGUCCUUCUUUGAAAACGCUGCCGAAAUCUUCUCAAGCUGGAGAGAGCGAAUGGUUUUCAAGGUGUUGGACGCAGAGAAGGACCCUCUGACUCAAGGGUUUGAAGAAGGUGGGUACGACGUCGUCGUCGCCUCCCUCGUGGUCCAUGCUACGGCUCAGCUGGACAAGACGAUGCGCAAUCUGCGCCGCCUCCUCAAGCCUGGAGGAUUCCUGGUCAUCGGUGAAGGGAGCAGCGACGGACCUCUACAGUCUGGAGACGGCUUCAUCUUCGGCGCCCUUCCCGGCUGGUGGCUGGGUGUGGACGAAGGCCGCAAUCUGUCCCCGUUUGUUACAGUUCCGCAGUGGGAUGCAUGUCUGAAGCGGACGGGAUUCUCGGGAUUGGACACUAUGGCUCCUGCAAACUUUCUGGAGACGUUUGGUGUUAUCCUCUUCGUCUCCCAGGCAGUCGACGAUCGCGUAGAGUUCAUACGAGAGCCCUUGACCCACACGACUGCCGUGUCGAUGCCCAGACUAGCUAUCAUCGGCGGAGCGAAGGAUCCAGUUGAGCGUCUUUGUACAGAGGUUGAGCGUACUCUCUCUGGUGCCGCCGCGCAGAUUAUUCGCUUUGAGACCUUGGAAGAUGUAGACUUCGGCGUCUGUGACUCGGAUACCACGGUGCUCAGCUUAUCGGACCUGGAUCAGCCAGUCUUCCAGGAUAUCACUGAGGGACGAUGGCUUGCUUUCCGGAAGCUGUUCGAAGUGGAGCGCACAUUAGUGUGGGUCACCAGUGGUCGACUCCAAGACCAACCAUACAGCAAUAUGGUGGUCGGAUUCGGCCGGUCCGCAGUGCAUGAGCUCGAGGAACUACGCCUUCAAUUCAUUGACAUUGCCAAAAUCAACUCGACGCAGGCGCAAGCCAUUGCUGAAAGCCUCGUGCGCUACCAUGCUCAGGGACUUGAAGAGAAGAGCAUUCUCUACACCAGCGAGCCCGAGAUCAUCAUCAAUGCUCGGGGCCAACCUCUGGUGCCUCGAAUGAUUCCAAUAUCCGCCGCGAACAGUCGAUACAACUCCAUCCAGCGCCCAAUAGAGCACAAGAUAGACCUUGCAACGUCGAGGAUUGAGCUACAAAUGGACGCCAAUGACUACAGCGUCAGGCAGGUGUCGAGAUUCGAGGAUUUUGCAGAGAUCGUUGAAGGCUCUAUUGAGCUCGAGACUGUAUGCACCACCAUGUCUGCGCUGAAGACACCUCGAGGUCCCAAGUACCUUGUGCUCGGUGUCGAUGCUGACGGAAAGCGAUAUCUUGCUCUUGUUUCUACUCUGAUGUCCCGGUUCAGGAUCGCUGCGCAAUCGGCGGUUCCUGUCAAGAUCGUCGGGCGCUCCGAGGAGGACUUCCUUGCGCUGAACGCCGUGGAGCUGAUCACCAUGGCCAUUCUCGACCCCCUGACCACGGGGCAAGAAAUUGUCCUCCAUAACCCUCCUGUGGCCAUUGCCAGAUCCAUCAGUGCAGCUGCCUGCGGAAAGCAAGUCACGGCAACGUUCGUAACAGACAAGUUGACGGAGCCAGUUCCAAGUUCGUGGAUCAAAGUGCCGCCUCUCUCAGGACGCUCUGAACUGAGCCAUCUCGUUUCUCAGCGCACAGCCUGCUUUGCUGGGCUCGAAUGGGUCGACUCAGAGAACGAGAGAGGGAUUCUCGCCAGUCUGCCACCGCAUUGUCGCACGGAAACAGCCACGAAUCUUUGGUUCCCUGUUGCAGCCACCGAGGACGGUAGAGAGGCUUCCGAUUCAUUCCAUGGCAUGCUAAGUACAGCCGUUGCAAACGUUCAGAGUCUGGACAAGACUGAUGUGGGGCAUGUGGUAAAUGUCGUAGGCCUUGACGACCUCACGAGCGGAGAGCGACCAAUCGAUCCACAGACUGUCAUCGACUGGACUGCGGCGUCAACUCUUCCAUGCAUCAACGGCCGAUUCGCUCGUUUCGACGUUGAGCCCAUGUUCAAACCAGACAAGACAUACUGGCUCUGCGGCAUGUCGGGAGCGCUGGGUGUCAGCCUGUGCGAUUGGAUGAUCGACCGCGGGUGUAGGUAUCUCGUGCUUACCAGCCGCAAUCCCAAAGUAGAACCGGCAUGGAUCGAGAGUCACAGGCGAAAUGGGGCGAGAGUCGAAAUCAUGUCCUGCGAUGUGACCAAUGAAUCGGCACUGCGCGCCGUUCAUAAGAACAUAGUUGCUGCAUUGCCGCCCAUAGUCGGUGUACUCAACGGCGCCAUGGUCCUUCGAGACGUAUCCGUCCGGAACAUGGAGAUCGGACACGUGCAGGAUGUCAUCCGACCCAAAGUUCUCGGCAGCAUUCACCUUGACCGUAUCUUCGACCAAGUUGACCUUGACUUCUUUGUGCUCAUGUCGUCCAUCAACUGUGUUAUUGGCAAUGUUGGGCAAGCGAACUACGCGGCCGCCAACAUGGGAAUGUGCGGCGUCGCUGGACAGCGUCGAAAACGGGGCUUGAAUGCAACGUGCGUCAACGUAGGCGCAGUCAUCGGCGCCGGCUACAUUACGCAGUCUGAUCGACAGCUGGACUUGACUGUCGCCAAGAUGGCCAUGAUGCAUCUCUCUGAAGAAGACUUUCACCAAAUUUUCGCCGAAGCGCUGGAAGCGGGCUACGUUGACUCUGGCAACGGACCAGAGAUCUCUACGGGAUUGCUCGACAUCACGCCAGAUGCGCAAUACAUUCCGCAGUGGUACUCAAACCCCAAGUUUGCGCGCUUCAUCGUUCAUCAGACAUCGACCGAGGACAGUGGCGCGGAUCAGAGCAAUGCAGCUUCCAUCCAUGACCAACUACAAGCGUGCGGCACCGUCGAGGAUGUAUUCGACGUGAUCAAAUGCAGUUUCGGUAUCAAGCUACGCAAGCUGCUCCAGCAAACGACUGGUGACGACGAGCUCAUGAACAGCGACACCUCGUACCUUGGCUUGGACUCGCUGAUUUCUGUCGACAUCCGAGCCUGGUUUCUCAAGAAUUUCCAGGUCAACAUCCCUGUGCUGAAGAUCAUGAACGACGAUGUGCAAAUGGCCACCCUGGUGGAGCUUGCGGUCGAAGGUAUCCCAUCACAACUGGUGCCCAACAUUGGCCACGGCUCGUCGUCCAGCCAGGACGAGUCGUCGAGCAACCUCUCGAGUGACAGAGUUGACACCACGGACAACACAUCUGCCGCUACUACUCCAGCCGAAAUGCCGUCGUCGCAGGACGAGGCUCCGUCAGGCAAAGUCUAUUGGAAUGCCGAAUGCGAGCCGCCGCGAAAUAUCACUAUCUUGCCUUCAGCGUCUCCACCUCGAACUCAGCCUAGCGUCGUCCUGCUUACCGGCGUCAGCGGUCUUUUGGGCCAUCACCUCUUGCAGACUCUGCUGAACGAACCAUCCAUCACCAAGGUCAUCUGUAUUGCCGUGCGCAGACUCGCAGAGCGCUUGAGAUCAAAUGAAAUUCCCCCUCCUAGUGAUCGCAUUGUGUACUACGAGGGAGAUCUCAGUCACAGCAGCUUCAACCUCUCCGAGACACAGCUAGUGGCCAUCUUCUCCGAGGUCGAUGCGGUCAUCCACAACGGCUCCGACACUUCGCAUCUGAAAUACUACUCCGCCGUCCGCAAAUCGAACGUCGAAUCUACGCGUCUGCUCGCUCGUCACUGCCUGACUCGCAUGAUACCGCUCCACUACGUCUCUUCCGCUGGCGUAGCGCUCUUCGCGGACCUUGACGCCUUCCCAGAAGUAUCUGUGACAUCGAGCGGCCAUCUUCCCUCCGCCGACGGUUCCCAUGGCUAUAUGUGCGGCAAGUGGGUAUCGGAGUACAUGCUUGAAAAGACAAACGCCCUGUACGGCCUCCAAGUAUGGAUCCAUCGCCCUUCGACGAUUAUCCGCGAAGGCGACGACGCCACUACGGAGCGCGCGGAGUUCGACUGGGUGAAUACUCUGAUUUUCUAUUCCCACAAGAUCCGCGCUGUCCCUCGCAUUGUGCAUAUGCGAGGUCGUUUUGAUCUUGUUAAUGUACACAGCGUGUGUACCGACAUUGUGCAAGGACUGCUGAACAAAAGGCCUCAAUCGGCCGGCGGAGUGACGUAUGUGAACAACGUUGGCGAUCUCACCAUUCCUAUGGACCAGCUCGACGAGCUCGGUCUGGAGAAGCAAGAGGGGCGACCGUACGAUGUCGUCUCGAUCAAAGAGUGGAUGGAAAGGGUGAUUGCUGCUGGGAUGCAUCCAGCAGUGGCUACGCUCAUCGAGACCAUUGACCACGCGGGGUCGCCCCCCUAUCCCACGCUCCUGAAGGCUAGGACUUGA